GUUCUCAUCACAGUCCUCACCAUCAUCUCAGGCUUAGCUCAGCAUCAGCCGAUCAGACAACCCAUUUCUGAAUAUCUCCAUCCACCCCGCCCACCAUGCUCCUCACCAAGACCGCCGCCGGCAUCGCGCUCCUCGCCGGGCUCGUGGCCGCCCACCCGGGCCACAGCGUCGCCCAGGAGGCCGCUGAGCGCCGCGCCUACCUCCAGGACGCCAAGCGCACGUCGCUCGCCCACUGCGCCGACAAGCUCCGAGCCCGCGGCGUCGCGGCGCGCAACGCCGCCCGUCGCGAGGCGGUCGUGCAGAACGCCCGCCAGAAGCGCGGCCUCCUCGAGAAGAAGAAGAAGAAGCGCGACCUCGACGACGUGCUCGCCACCAGCCACAACAUGACCGAGGAGGGCUACUCCCGGGACACGGACCCGGCCACGCUCUUUGCCGGCUACCACUCGUGCGUCCUGACGCCGGAGGUGACGCAGGGGCCGUACUACGUCGCCGGCGAGUACGUGCGCGAGAACGUGGUCGAGGACCAGCCGGGCGUGCCGCUGCUGCUCGACUACCAGGUGAUCGACGUGGCGACGUGCGAGCCGGUGCCCAACGUGUAUCUGGAGAUGUGGCACUGCAACGCGACGGGCGUGUACGGCGGCGUGGUGGCCCGCGGCAACGGCAACGCGGCCGACACCGGCAACCUCGACAAGACUUUCCUGCGCGGCAUCCAGCCAACCGACGCCGACGGCGUCGCCCAGUUCGAGUCGGUCUUCCCGGGCCACUACACGGGGCGCGCCCCGCACAUCCACGUCAUGGCCCACGCCAAUGCCACGCUACAGGCCAACGGCACGCUCGGGCGCGACAACUACGCCAGCCACGUCGGCCAGGCCUUCUUCGACCAGGCCCUGAUCGCCGCGGUGGAGAAGACGGCGCCCUACAGCACCAACGCCCAGCCGCUCACCGCCAACGCCGACGACGGCAUCCUGGCCCAGGAGGCCGCCACCACCACCGACGGCGUCGACCCGGUCAUGGAGUACACCCUGCUCGGCGACAGCGUCGAGGACGGGCUGUUUGCCUGGCUCGCCUUCGGCAUCGACUCGUCCCGGUCCGAGGCCGUCAUCCCGGCCGUGUAUUACUACAAGGAGGGCGGCGUCGCUAACGAGGAUUCCCCCGGCGGUGGCGGCCCCGGUGGCUUCCCCAGCGGUGGUCCCGGUGCUGAUGGUCCGACUGGAUCGGCCCCGGGCGCCGCUCCUACGAACUAGGGAUGUCGGCGGUGGGGAGCGGAAUGUCUGGCUCUCCUCGGUUGGAUGUGGAGUAUCCUUGUGCUGUUGUGGUAGACGUCGGGCUUCUGGCUUGUAUAUACGGAUCCUUUCACUUUGCACUUUGUCAGUUGUCUGUUGUCAGUCUGAGGGCCUGUCGUUUCCGACUUGUCCAGUUUGUCAUUCUGCUCUCAUGCGAGCGGACCUGUCCCGUGUGUACUAGUACAUAUAAUACAAGCAUGGAAGCAACGCGAGAAAAUCAAGGAAGGGGAAAUUCCAAGACGGGUAA